AUGCCUCUUCCCUUUGAGACUCUGCUGCCAUAUGCCAUCAUGGUUGUCAUGUUUGGUGCCACGGGAACCGGUCUCGCGGCUAUUCGUACCUGGCAGAACGACGGCAAGCGUCCUCGCUACUCUCUUGACCAGUGGGACAAGCAAAUGAUGGAGCGCGAUAACCGCCUCACCGGGAGACCUCGUGGACAGACGGACAAGCCCGACGCUCCAUUCGGCUUCGAGUACUCAAACGGGUGGAAGCUCGAGAAACGCUACAACUAA